GCGGGACGUGUUUGUGAUUGUAUAUUAGAUACUCCGGUUAAUUAUUAAAAAUUAAUUAUUUAAAUAAUUAAUUAUCUCCAAAAAAUAAAUAAUUCCUAGUUAUUUAUUUUUCCCGCCCAAAAAUUAUUGCGACCUAUGGUUAAAAAUAUUUAGUGCAGUUUAAAAAAUAAAUACCGUCUGUCAAGACUUUGAGGUUAUGUUGUCAAAUAAAGUCAUAUAUUUAUUUAUUAUUACAAAAUAUAAUAAAUAUUAAAUAAUGGCAAGAAGAAAAAGUCUUAAUCGUCGGCGUUCACGGAGAUCAUUAAAUGUCUCCGGUAUCCUCAAUGACGAUACCAAUGCCUUUGAGGAAGAUAAUGAUCUCUGGUUCAAUAAUCUUCCCAACGAAUCAAAUAUAUCAAAAUACCGAGCAUCUAAUUCUCGGUCCCGAUAUUCAAAGUCUAUUUUGAAUUCCGACUCUCAAGUUGUUGAUAGUAUCGGUGAUGGUGAUAAGUUUUGGGAAAAUUUAAAUAAAACGAGCCAAGAUCUUUUUACUCAGGAAAAUUCAGCUCCAGUACCAGGACACAAUAAAUCAGCAAGAAAAUCCAAUACUUUGAAUGAAACCCUGACGUCAGAGGCAUCCACGACACACGCAAUAAAAAAAAGAAAAUUAUUGGUCCCAAAAAAUCGUAAGAGCACUGGAGAUGUUUUUUCCCAAGCACUGGAUGAUUCGGAGCCGGCAGUUGAAUCCGAGCCUGUGCGUUCUUCUGCGCGAAUGAUUGACCGGCGGUUAUCGCACUCGCAGAGCGACACAUUAGACCGUAAUCGUUCCCGUCGUUCUGGAUUUCAAUCCGCAGAAAGUGCCAGCGAUAACGACAGACCCGCGAAACGGACGAUAUUCAAAAAACCUUCACAGAAAAAUGUAUCGCUUACUUCCGUCUUUGAUGAAAUUCUCAAUGAUCCUGAGGAGUCAGCAGUCGGCCCGUCGCAGGGACCUACGGAUAGAAAAACUUUUGUGAAGCCGCGUACUACUUUUUUUAAUUCGCCCCGUGGAUCUGCUUCCCAGAGUAGAAACAGCAGAAGUCAGCAUCUGGAUUCAAAUGAAGAUAAAGAUAAAGAUGAUGAUGAUGAUGAUGACACUGAUGAUAAUUUAGCAUCACAACAACGCCCAUUUUUCAGGCAACACAACAGAAAUUCAAGUAAUCCGUUCGCUAGUAUCAUCAGUGAAAGUGAAUCAGAAAAAGAUACCGCCAGUCAGUCGCAUUCUAAAAGUCGAAAUCAGUCGAAAAGAAAAGAAGAGCAGUCGGUUGAACAAGAGGUUCCAGAGUCAGAGAAGAUUCCAGAGGACCCAGGAGAAGUAGAAGAUUUGAAUGAGUAUGAAAAAUCUUUGGCUUCAGCAGGAAGCAAAACUUCAGUAUCCAGAGAGAGCGGGAAUAAUUUUACUCUGCGCGACUCUGCUGGCAGUGGACCCUCUGAUUUUCGGCAGAGUAAAAAUAACGAUUUGAUGCGAAAGACAUUACAGAGAAGCAGUCGCGUAUUGUCAGGACACUCGGAUGCUUCUAAUAAAUCAUCGACAUCUAGUCUAAGUGAAGUUUAUAAAUCUGCAGAUAUUAAUCAGACUGACUAUCAAAGUUAUCACACUCAGUACUAUGAACCCAUGGAAGAUGAUGGUGAUGCUGGGAUACUUGAAGCCGACAGUGAAAGACGAAAUGCUGGUGAACACGAUUUGAGACUGAGUCAGGGAAUAGAGAAAGGGGGGAGAGUAAAUAAAAUUCUGGAAAAAGAAUUUGAUUUAAAUUCACUGGAGGCUAAUGACAAUAAUUUUGCUGAUGAGUAUGAGGAUAAUGAAGUAGUUGAUAAAGAAAACCGCGAGAGUCUUAAUAAUUUAGAGGAUGAUGUCAAUUUUUCACGAGCGACGAAGAGAUCAGUGUCGGGAAAAAGUGGAUCGCCAACUAAAGCCGGUGGUAAGAAAGCUCGAGUUAGUGCUGAUGAUAUUAUUGCCGGUCAGCAGGUCAAGGAAAUUUUGAAUGCUGACUCCAGUGGGCGACGGAUAACUAGACAAAGUGAAGGAGAUAAAUCGGCUAGAAAUAAUUCACACGUUUCUCAGGUUGACGAGUCGGUGAAGAGUAAGAAAAGUGUUUCGGUAAGAAUUCGGUCCCAGAGGAUUUCUGAGGCUGCUUCGUUGGGUGUAGAGGCUGAGAAAGAUGUAAGUCUGAGUAAAUCUGUCAGGAAGACACGAUCUGGAAGAAUUUUUCAGGGUUUAGAGGCUGAUAUUCCUGAGGAUGCGGGUUUAGAUGGACAGUUCGAGUCUGCUAAAGACAACAGGCAAUCCAAGUCUUUGAAAACUGUAGAAACUUCGAAACACUCGACCCGUGUCACUGUACAUGAGGAAGUAGAUGGUGAAGACAGGGAAGAAGAUGAGGUAGAAGCUGGAGUUGAAGAUGGGGAAGAACAAAGUUUGGGUAAUUCUGUUAGGAAGACUAGGUCUGGAAAAGUUAUCGAAGAUUUAGGGGAUAGUAGUUCUGAUACCAGCUCUGCUAGAGAAAAGAAAAAGAGAUUGUCUGAGAAACGGCAAAGUAUUUUGAAAAGUAUUGUCGGCUCUGAUAGUUCAGAUGAAGAGUCAGAGUCUCCUGAUAAAGCUUCUGGUAAGCAGUCCAAGUCCUUGACGAUAGUGGAACCUCCUAAAUAUUCUUCGACGCGUAUUAAUGAUACCAAUAAGAGUACGGGUAGAAAAGAGCAAGAUGAUGAUGAAGAUGAAGAAGAAGAGGAGGAAGAGAAUCAGGAUGCAACCGAGAGUCAAGAUGAUGACGAGACUCAAGAGGAAGAAAGUACUCAAGAGGAAGAAGAGACUCAAGAAGAAGAAGAGAAUCAAGAGGAAGAAGAGAAUCAAGAGGAAGAAGAAAUUCAAAAUGCAACAAAGAGUCAAGAAGAUGAAGAAGAAAAUCAGGAUGCUGUAGAAAAUCAAGAUGAAGAAGAAAUUGAGGCUGAAUUAAUUUCCGCACGUAAAUCGUCUAAAAGUUUGGGUUCACCAAAACAUUCAUCAACUCGUUAUUUAAAUAAAACAGGUAAAAGUUUGAAUGAAACCGAAAGUGAUGAUGAUAUUGAUGAAGAAUUAAAUGAAUAUGUUAAAAAUACAAGUAAAAUGUCUAGCUCACAAAAUAAAAGUAAAAAACUCAUUGAAAUAAAUCCAACACCUACUGAAUUACCCUUUCGUGAAAGUGAUUCUGAUGAGUCUGAAGAUGACAAUAAUUUGGAUGCCAGUAAAAUUGGAGAACCUCGCAGUCAAAUUUCGCAGACUCCAACUGGAAAGACGACCGAGGUCCCAGAAGCUGUGGCCAGUACUUCGGGUACUGCGAGAAUAAGUACAAGAGUAUCGACUAAGUCUCGUCCGUCUCAACCUCCAGGUAAUCAGAGAUCUAUUUUGAGUUUCUUCAAUACUGUCAACUCAAGGCCGUCUUUGCACAUAAGCACCCAGCCACUAGAGUCUUCGAAUUUACUCAAAGAAGCGUCCGCUAGGAUGAAAGAAAUAAAGAAGCAACAAGACGAGUCAUUUGCUAAGCAGUUGAAGGACAAGAAUGUCAGCCCAGCGAAGCCGGCGAACUCAAUGCCUGUAAAGAGGAAGAUUGGGGCAGGUGUUGGAUUGAGGAAGAAAAAUUCAGCGAAUGUUAAAGAGGUCGAUAAAGCGUACAUUGUUAAUGGUCAGGUUUACAAGAGACCCAGACUCCCACGACCCAAACACUGGGCCACAGAUCGGCUUUAUAAAUUCUUGUGGAAGAAAAUGGAGUCUAAGUAUCAGUUGCAGACGCGGAUUCGCUCGGAAAAAUUCGUCAAAGAUCUUGCGGUUGCUGUGGAAAUUAUCAAGAAAAAGAAAAAGUAUGAGGGUUACAAAUUUCUGCUGGACGAUUUGCUAAAAAAAAUGGCGCGCCUGGGGAUUAUCGAAACCAGAAGAGAUUUUUAUGAUUUUUGUUACGAUUUCAUGCCCUAUGAGUUCAGAGAAAAGGUCAUGCCUAUUUUACAUCCUAAAGCCGUUCAUUUGGUUCCAUUCGAGCCUCAGAAAAUUGAUCAGCCCAUACUAGGUGCUUGAAAUUUAUUUAGUAAAUGAACAAAUAAAUGUAUAUAUGAAUUAUUUUGUUAGAGUGCGCGCAAUAUUUGAAAAUUUAUAUUGCGAAUAACGAUAAUUUAAAGCUUUUGAUAAAAAAUAUUAUUUUCAUUGUUAAUAUAUUUAAUUCUACUUUACUGUUACCAGGACGGUGAUAAGAAAUCGUAAUGAUUACAGGGAGAGUAAUGAUGUAAUUAAUCGUAAGUUAGAUAUUUAAUUAAAUAAUUGAAAAGUUGUGUUGAUUAAUAAAAAGAAUUCUUGAUAUUUAUAAAAAAUU